UUAUUCAGCACGAGAAGGUACGACUCACUUCGAAAGACGGCAAAAGAAAAGGACAUGUCUGGACAGGUGUCAGAAGGGAAGAGGAAGAGCAGCGGGCAAGGAGGAGGCUGGAGGAGUAUGGAGGAGGUGGUUAGGAAGCGACCAAUCAUCUCUGCUAAGGAAAAAGGCCCAGGUCCAGGACGCUAUGCGCUGCCCCCUACAGUUGGAUACAUUAACCAUGACUUCACCAAACCCAGCAGCCCUGCAUACUCCUUCCGCAGCCGCAUGAGCAGUGCCAUGAUCUCUAUCGACUCCAGUCCUGGACCACGAUACUACAUUGGGGGCAAGAUGACCCGGUUUGGCCGGACAGAGACGCCAUCCUUCUCUAUUUCAGGGAGAAGCCGACAAAUCGGGAAGAAAGAUGAGCCGUUCCAGACUCCCGGACCAGGGGCCUACAGCCCAGAGAGGGCUCCUCCGCUGAACGCUCAGCGCAGACCUCCAUCCUUCACAAUCGGAGAACGGAGCAGAUACCGCGCGAUGGAUCCGGUACCGGCGCCAAACAGCUACACUCUUCCGGAUCUGCUGGGUCCCCAGGUCCCCCACAAACCCGCCAGCGCCAGCUACAGCUUCUCAGGCCGGAGGACAGCCGGAGCUCCCUCUGAGGAUCUCUCCAAAACACCGGGACCGGGGCAGUACAGAAGCACCGACCCGGACAUUUACAGGCAGCGGCAGCCUUCCUUCACUAUGCAGAGCCGGACGAAGAGGCUGAAUUAUUCCUCCGCCGUUCCAGGUCCAGGAGCGUACAGCCCAGAGAAGACUUAUCAGCACCUCCACAAGUCCCCGUCCUUCACCAUGGGUAUCAGGCACACGGAGUUUGUCACCCCGCUGGUGGUAAAUGUGACUGAUUGAGGUGGCCACACCUUGAAAAUGCCUCAUGCAUUUGUUUUUAUUCUGUUUUUCAAUAAUAGCCAUCCAUGUUACAAUUCAAGCAAUGCAACGAUCCUGGACAGACAAUGUAAAAAUAAAUGGGAUUUCUGCACUGUAUAGAUACUCUUUUUAACAGUGUUGUAUAGUA